UACGUGUUUUUAUUGGGGCAAGUUUCCUGCUACGCACAGUACGUGCGCGGAAUCUGAAUGAGAAUACAUAAUACAGAUAUUAUGCUUAUUAACAAACACUGCCAUUGGUUGUGCAGUGACGCAGAGAGGAAGGUUUUAUUAUUCAUAAUCCCUGUAGUUUUCAUGCCGUGUGCAACAGCCCCAUACAUAGACUUGUGCGUCGUAGUAUGUGCACAUUAGCAAAAAUGGCCUCUAUCCGCGUACUCGAUUUUCGUGCCGUGUGCACCGUUUACUUGCUUGUAGUGUUCGGGAUUUUCGGCCGACUCCACGUGCUCGGAGUCGGUGAAGAUUCCGCCGAUGGAACCCACGACGAACACGGUCAUUCGGAAUCCGUCUUCGGAGACCCUUUUGAGGAGAUUUUGGGCCGGUUGAAGGAGGUUUCUCUGGGUGUGGACAGGAACAUUACGCGCGAUGAGACGAGCGCCAUUAUUCAGUCAUUGUUUGAGGAACGGAUGCAGUGUAGCGUCAGUUUCAACCGGACAAAUUGCCAGAAGUGCCUUGACGCCGACGACUUAUUUUCUAUUCUCGGCGUGCAAACCAGCGAUGGCCUCGACGAGGAGAACUUCAACCGCGCAUGCGUCGUGCUCCUGUACUACGUGAACGACCUGGAGGCGACAUGUGCAAAUGCGACGCUGUCUGCGCAGGUGUACGACUAUUUCGCGCGGGAAAUUCAAACGAGAUUGGACAGCACGCCUCGUCUGUCGGAGGAAGAACUGGAAGCUGUUUUAGGUGCGGUGGCAGGGAGCUACAAGGCCAACAACUUUGCCAAGUGUUUCACGGUAGAAACCGUAUUCGAGGCAGCCGUAUCCGAUCACGAAGCUGGAGCGGACGACCACGAGCUCGAAGAAGUGGCCGCCAUUUUGAUUUCCAGCCUCGUCCGCGGAUUCUGCAUCGGCAACGCUACCGCCGUGGACCCAGAGGCUUUCCUGGAGGACAUAUUCGAUCACUACGCCGCGGGUAGUUACAUGAGUGAAGAGGAAUUUCAAGUGAUUUUAGACAAAUUGUCAGCCGGAAGCCAAGAGGACACCCAUGACAACCAUGACCACGCACGCAGGCGCAGAGGAGCUGACUCCAACGUUCUGGCGGGAAAAACUGAACAACGACGACGCAGACGAAAUGUAGAAACCGUCACCGACAGCGGCCAUGACCACGACCACGACCACGCCCACGAAGGGGAAAUGAAUUUGGAUAUACAUUCGUGUUUCUCCGUUGAUGAGCUUUUUGAGAUCUUCGAUGUCAAUCACAGUGUGGGCGUGACACGUCAGCAAUUCAAGGAGCUAAGCCCCGCCCUCAUUCAGCAGAAGAUCGGCGAUGCGUGCGCCGAACCAGAGAAUGUGCCGUCAAGACCCACCGCUGCUGAAGUUUGGGGAUAUGGCGUACUAGCCGUGUUCAUCAUCAGCCUUUGUGCCGUAGCCGGCGUGGCUUUCCUUCCAUGUCUUAACACGGCCCUCUACUUGAAGGUCUUACAAACCAUGAUGGCUCUGGCUGUGGCUACCUUGAUAGGCGAUGCGGUGAUCCAUCUCAUCCCACAGGCUGUGGGGCUCCAUGCUCACGACGCAACAUCGUCUGCUGACGCGCACGUGGCAGGGUCAGCUGAGUUGGCCUACAUCUGGAAGUGCCUGGUAGUCGUGGGUGCUAUCUACAUCUUCUUCCUGUUCGAGUCUCUCAUGCAGAUAUUUGGUGGAGGACACUCGCACUCCGUGGAGCCUGAUGAUGAUCCCACCAAGAGAAAGAGAGCUUCCAGUAUGAAACUCAAGGAAGCUGUGGACGGCUCCUUCAUGAAUCGUUCAUCAUCCACCACACAGCUUGAGAUGUCUAACGGUAACUUGACAGACGCAGAGGCUAACGACAGUCAUGGGCAUGAGCACGGACAGAAGCAGAAAGUCUGCUUUGGAAUGGGAACCCUACCGUUUAUGAUUCUCAUUGGAGACGGUCUGCAUAAUCUGGGUGAUGGUCUGGCGAUUGGUGCUGCCUUUGCUACCAGUUUGGGCGCCGGACUCUCUACAAGCAUCGCCGUCCUGUGUCACGAAUUGCCCCACGAACUUGGUGACUUCGCUGUCCUUCUGAAUGCUGGGCUGAGUUUUCGCAAAGCCCUCUGCUUCAACUUCCUAUCUGCAUGUAUGGCAUUCGUUGGCCUAUGUAUCGGCAUCCCGUUGGCUGCCAAUGAGGAAGCACGAGAGUGGAUAUUUGCUGUUGCUGCCGGGAUGUUCUUGUAUGUUGCUCUGGUGGAUAUGCUUCCUGAACUCAUUCACCACGAGAACAAAAACAAAGCGGCCAUCUUUCUGCUACACAAUGUAGGCUUCUUGGCUGGUGCCGCAAUCAUCCUUCUCAUUGCCUUGUAUGAAGACAGCAUCAAUAUCAUUAUAAACUAGCAACAAGAGGUUCGCUGGUACCCGGCAUGCUGCCGAUCGUAAAUAUUGCUUGGUCACAUUAUCUUUUAAAGGAAAGGAUGUUUUUGCAGUACUUGUCGGGUAUAUUUGUAUUCGAAUUUUAACUUUUACCCAGUUAUGAUAGUUUUAGUUUCAUUUCAUUUAAAAAUAGAUGACGAAUUGUGUAAGUGAUGGGGUUGGUAAUGCAUUUUAUGUUUGUUUUAAUACCAUUCUUAAUUUUAGUCUUCGUUUCUCUUUUAUUUCCCAUUUAUUUUUUUUCUCUCAAAAUGUGUAAGUUGGACAUGGACACUUUCCGUUAAUAUUGGCAUAAGGUAUUCGUAUAUUUUGCUAUAUAGGCUACAUUUAUGUAUUUGAGCCCUUUCAUGCAAAAUGCAUUGCAAUAUAGGUCAACAAGCUGGUAUAAUUAUAGGACUGCUUUAGUAAACGGCUAAAAAUGAAGUAGCAUUACUGAGGUAUAAUUAGCGAGGAAAGUAUUUAUCUAGAAUAUUUCUUUGAACGUAGAACCUUUGACGUAUGACGUCCGCUCAAAAAAAGCUUUAACAUUAUAAACAUUUAUUUUCAAAUAUCGGUGAUAUAUAGCUUUUUAUGUCGUUAGAAAUUAACGCGUUAAGCAUAUAUUUUUUCCCUUACUCGUUUGGUUGUGUGAAUGGACAUUUUCGUGCUUUUCACAUUUCCGUUUUUU